CUUUAUUGAAGCAGCAGCAAUGCACUACUGGGAGCUAGCUGAACAUAUCAGACACAGCCAGAGCACUGAGAGAUAUCAGGUAUUGAUGUAACUGGAGUUAAUAAGGGAACCUUCUUCCUGAGCACAGACAUUGGAGCCUGUUAUCAGCAUGAACUCAUAUGUGUUAGACAAUCACUUGAAUAGUUCAUACCCAUCCUUCACUACAGGAAGCAUCAGAAUGAUACCGCAAACUCCAAAAGUCUUAGGCACUAAUGACUAUUCACAAACAUUGGGGAAAUCACAGCAGAUAUUUAAAGGAGAUGGAGAAUUGGCAGGAACCGGGCAGCAAUCAUUAUGUACAGAGAGUAAUUUAGCCAUCAAACAAGAGGACAACAUUUAUGACUUAUCUAGUGAAAUGAUUAUCCCAGAGGAUAAACCACACACAUUUACUGGGGUUUCAAAACAUUUAAAAGAAGGGGAAAGUCUUAAGUCUAGCCAAAUCGUUCAUACAAAUAAGAAACAAUUCAAAUGUACAGAAUGUGAGAAAAGAUUCACAUGCAAUUUGCAUCUCCUUGAACACCACACAGUUCACACAGUUGUGAUAACUCACACGUGUACACAAUGUGGGAGAUGUUUCACAUCUAAAGGAAGCCUUAUGUAUCACAAAAAGACCCACACAGGGGAGAGACCUUUCACAUGUAAUGAGUGUGGGAGAUGUUUCACAUCCAAGGGAAAUCUCAUAUCUCAUGAAAAGACCCACACAGGGGAGAAACCUUUCACAUGUAAUGAGUGUGGGAGAUGUUUCACAUCCAAGGGAAAUCUCAUAUCUCAUGAAAAGACCCACACAGGGGAGAAACCUUUCACAUGUAAUGAGUGUGGGAGAUGUUUCACAUCCAAGGGAAAUCUCAUAUCUCAUGAAAAGACCCACACAGGGGAGAAACCUUUCACGUGUACAGAGUGUGGAAAAAGAUUUAUACAAAUGAGUAAUCUGAAAAGGCAUGAAAGGAGUCACACAGGAAAAAAGCCUUUCACAUGUACAGAGUGUGGAAAACGUUUUACGUAUAUGAGUAAUCUGAAAACUCAUGAAAGGAGUCACACAGGAGAAAAGCAGUACAAAUGUACAGAGUGUGGAAAAGGUUUUACACAAAUAAACGAUCUAAAAACUCAUGAAAGGAUUCACACAGGAGAAAAGCCUUUCACAUGUACAGAGUGUGGAAAAAGUUUUACACAAAAGAGUAGUCUGAAAACUCAUGAAAGGAGUCACACAGGGGAGAAACCUUUCACGUGUACAGAGUGUGGGAAAUGUUUUACACAAAAGAGUGAUCUGAAAAGGCAUGAAAGGAUUCACACAGGGGAAAAGCCUUUCACAUGUACAGAGUGUGGAAAAUGUUCUACAGAUAAGAGUAAUCUGAGAAAACAUGAAAGGAGUCACAAGGGAAGAAACCUUUCACAUGUUUAGAAAUUGGAAAAAAGGUUUUUACUGAAAUCGGGUAUCACAAAACACCAAAUAUUUACACACAAAUAAACUUUAUAUACACAAUGUACAAAUCUUUUUACAAGUAUCCUAAAGAGGACAAACUCUCUAAAUAGAAGCAAGAAAAAGGAUCCUAUUGUAAAUAAUACUUUCUCAAUCCCAGUUAUAAAGCCCCAGAUUGGAAGUGCUCUCCUGCUGUCCUUUGUUCCUCUACAUAUGUGCACCUCAGUUUCUCUCACAUCAAUGGGAUAGAAUCCAAACACCACACAGGAAUAUACAGAUCUGUCCUCAUACUGACCAGUUUACACAACCAUUCACCACCAAAGCACCCCCAGUGUUGUUUAUUAAUAUGCCAGUGUUAGGAGUUGUACGUUUGAUUUACAUAGGGGAGGAAAUAAUUACAUUUACAGAAUAAAGGAGUCUUUAUAUGAA